GUCUCAUCUGGCCGGUAAUCACUACGCUUUACUUACAAGCACAAGCAAUCAUGGAGCUGAAUGAUGCAAAUCUUCAAACACUCACUGAGUUUUUGAGGAAAACACUGGAUCCAGAUCCAAAUGUGAGGCGGCCAGCUGAGAAGUUUCUUGAGUCAGUGGAAGGGAACCAGAAUUACCCCAUACUACUACUCACAGUGUUAGAGAAAUCCCAGGAUAAUGUCAUUCGUGUGUGUGCUGCAGUCACCUUUAAGAACUAUAUCAAACGGAACUGGCGUAUAGUAGAGGAUGAACCAAACAAAAUUUCAGAUGCUGACCGGACAGCCAUUAAGGCCAACAUUGUGAAUUUGAUGCUCACCAGCCCUGAACAAAUCCAAAAGCAGCUGAGCGAUGCAAUCAGCAUCAUUGGAAGAGAGGAUUUCCCUCAGAAAUGGCCCGACCUCCUGACAGAAAUGGUGACGCGCUUUCAGAGCGGCGACUUCCACAUAAUCAACGGCGUGCUCCGCACCGCGCACUCGCUUUUCAAAAGGUACCGCCAUGAGUUUAAGUCCAAUGAACUCUGGCAAGAGAUCAAGUUGGUCCUCGACACGUUUGCUCAACCUCUCACUGAGCUGUUCAAGGCCACAAUUGAACUCUGUCAAACUCAUGCUACAGAUGUCAAUGCCCUGAAGGUCCUCUUCUCCUCCCUUACAUUGAUCGCAAAGCUCUUCUACAGCCUUAACUUCCAAGAUCUUCCAGAGUUCUUUGAGGACAACAUGGAGACAUGGAUGUCAAACUUCCACAACUUACUGAAUUUGGAUAACAAACUUCUACAAACUACUGACGAGGAAGAGGCCGGUCUUCUGGAGAUGCUCAAGUCUCAGAUAUGUGACAACGCCGCCCUCUAUGCCCAGAAGUACGACGAAGAGUUCCAGCCGUACCUGCCUCGCUUUGUCACGGCUAUCUGGAACCUUCUGGUCACAACGGGCCAAGAGGUCAAAUAUGAUCUGUUGGUGAGCAACGCCAUUCAGUUUCUGGCAUCGGUGUGCGAGAGGCCCCACUACAAGCACUUAUUUGAAGACUCAAACACACUCACUAGCAUCUGUGAAAAGGUCAUUGUCCCCAACAUGGAGUUCAGGAGUGCAGAUGAAGAGGCCUUUGAAGAUAAUGCAGAAGAGUACAUCAUCAGAGACUUGGAAGGCUCUGAUAUCGACACACGACGCCGGGCAGCCUGCGACUUGGUACGAGGCCUCUGCAAGUUUUUCGAGGGCCCCGUUACAUCCAUCUUCUCUGGCUAUGUGGGCUCCAUGUUGACAGAGUAUUCCAAGAAUCCAAGUGUUAACUGGAAACACAAAGACGCUGCCAUUUACCUGGUCACAUCUCUCGCCUCCAAAGCUCAGACACAGAAGCAUGGAAUUACACAAGCCAACGAACUGGUCAACCUAAACGAUUUCUUCGUGAACCACAUUUUGCCCGACCUGAAAUCUCCCAACAUUAACGAAUUCCCGGUGUUGAAAGCGGAUGCCAUCAAGUAUGUGAUGACUUUCAGAAGUCAGCUCCCUAAGGAGCACCUGCUCCAGGCUAUCCCGCUCCUGGUGGCUCACCUGCAGGCAGAGAGCACGGUGCAGCACACCUAUGCUGCCCACGCCCUGGAGAGACUCUUCACCAUGAGAGGCCCCAACAACUCCACACUUAUCACACCCACUGAGAUGGCUCCCUUCGCAGAGCAGCUGCUCAGUAACCUGUUCAAGGCCCUGGCCAUACCUGGUUCAUCUGAGAAUGAGUACAUCAUGAAAGCCAUCAUGCGGAGCUUCUCUCUUCUGCAGGAAGCUAUUGUUCCCUACAUCCCCACUCUGAUUGGUCAGCUCACCCAUAAACUCCUCUUGGUCAGCAAGAACCCCAGCAAGCCGCACUUCAACCACUACCUGUUUGAGUCGGUGUGCCUGUCUAUCAGGAUUACCUGCAAGGCUAACCCGGCAACGGUCAACAGCUUUGAGGAAGCCCUCUUCCCAGUCUUCACAGAGAUCCUACAAAGUGAUGUCCAGGAAUUUGUACCCUACGUGUUUCAAGUGAUGUCUCUGCUCCUGGAGAUCCACACCAGCUCCGUGCCCUCCUCUUACAUGGCCUUGUUCCCCCACCUUCUGCAGCCCACCCUGUGGGAACGUACCGGGAACAUCCCCCCUCUGGUCCGCCUGCUGCAGGCCUACCUGGAGAAAGGAGCGCCCGCCAUCGCCAGCUCCGCAGCUGACAAAAUACCUGGCCUGCUAGGAGUUUUCCAGAAGCUUAUCGCCUCCAAGGCUAAUGACCACCAGGGUUUCUACCUACUUAACAGCAUCACAGAGCACAUGCCCCCAGAGUCCAUUACACAGUACAGGAAACAGAUCUUCAUCCUACUGUUCCAAAGACUGCAGAGUUCCAAGACCACAAAGUUUAUCAAGAGUUUCCUAGUCUUUAUCAAUCUCUACUGUGUCAAAUACGGAGCGAUCGCUUUGCAGGAGAUAUUUGAUGACAUCCAGCCAAAGAUGUUUGGGAUGGUUCUGGAGAAGAUUGUCAUUCCAGAAGUGCAGAAAGUGUCCGGUCAAGUUGAGAAGAAGAUCUGUGCCGUUGGAAUUACCAAGGUCCUCACGGAAUGCCCUGCUAUGAUGGACACAGAAUACACCAAGCUUUGGACGCCUCUGCUGCAGGCCCUGAUUGGUCUGUUUGAGUUACCCGAGGACGACAGCAUCCCUGACGACGAGCAUUUCAUAGACAUAGAAGACACGCCCGGCUAUCAGACCGCUUUCUCACAGCUAGCUUUUGCCGGGAAGAAGGAGCACGAUCCCAUCGGAGAGACAGUUAGCAAUCCUAAAAUCCAUUUAGCCCAGUCUCUUCACAAGCUGUCCACUGCCUGCCCUGGACGAGUUCCCUCUAUGUUAAGCACCAACCUGAACGCUGAGGCUCUCCAGUUCCUGCAGGGUUACCUUCAGGCAGCAACAGUGCAACUAGUCUAAAGGGAAACGCUCUCUGUUCUACAUCAGCGGAGUCUCUACGCGCUCCGGAGAACAGACUUUGUCACUGUCGAGAUUGGGACUGACUCUCGUAGACCGGAACCGACGGACGUCCAAUCGACUCGACUUCAACCACGACAUGACGGGAGACCUGAAAGUUCGCAUCAGUUCAAGGGAUUUUUUUUUUUUAAGGGGUGGUUUUAAAUGGAUUGACAAAAAAGAAAAAAGAACUGGACCAAGCAGUGAACAGCAGUUACACGAGUGGCUUGCUCCGUGUGGCAUUGGCAAGUUGAAUUUGGACAAGCAUCAGCCCCGAGCUUUGUGAUUCACGCUUUACUCCACUCCGCUCCAUGUAGCUGCUGAGUAGUCCGUUACUCCUCUGUCUGGGAAACAUUCUCAGCAUUCUCUGCUCUUGACAGUGUUUUUGAACUAAGACGACAGGAUGACCACAAUAGAAACAAAGCGACAGAACAUUGAAUUUAGUCUGACUACGAUGAGACGUGUUAAAUCAUUGGGA